AUGGCUACUGGGGUUCCUGUCAAACAGCUCUCUCAGGAACUCAGCUGUCCCAUCUGCCUGGACUAUUUCAGCGACCCAGUGAUCCUCACAGAGUGUGGCCACAAUUUCUGCCGAGGCUGCCUGGCCAAGAGCUGGGGUGAGGCGGCAGUGAAGGUUUCCUGUCCGGUUUGUAAACAACCUGCUCAGCCAAGGAAUCUCCUGCCGAAUCAGCACCUGGCAAAUGUUGUGGAAAUAACUAGAAAACUCAGUUGCCAGGGGGGAGAAGCAAAGGAGAAAAUCUGUGAGAAACACCGGGAGCCCUUCAAGCUUUUCUGCAAAACUGAUGAAAUCCUCAUCUGUACAGUCUGUGACAGAUCCAAGAAGCACAAAAAACAUGAGGUGAUGCCUGUUGAGGAGGCUGCCCAGGAAUACAAGGACAAGAUCUUCAACUGCCUGGAGACUUUGAGGACUGAGAGAAUGAAAAUUCUGGUAUAUUUUGCAGCUGCUAAAGAGGAAAGCCAAGAAAUGCUUAAAAUUACAGAAUCAGAGAGGCAAAAGACAGUGGCUGAAUUCAGAACACUAAGCCAGUUUCUGAAAGAACAAGAAAACCGUCUGCUGGCCCAGAUAGACAAGGUGGAGGAGGAGAUAGCCAAAAACAGAUACAAGCAUCUGACCAAGCUCUCUGAGGAACUCUCCUUUCUCGAAACCCUCAUCCAGGAGAUGGAGAAGAAGCAUCAGCAGCCAAUGUGUGAACUCCUACAGGAUAUCAGAAGCAGCUUGCAGAGGUGUGAGAAGAAGGAGAAGUUUGAGAUUCCACUGGCUUUCUCGUCUGACCUGAAAUGGAGGUUCCAGGGCUGCUGUGAUAUUGCUCCUUUUCUGAAGGGUCUCAUGAAACAAUUCAAAGACACUUUGGUUUCUGAAUUUCGAAUGCAAAAAGCAAAUGUGACCCUGGAUCCAACCACAGCUUCUCACAAACUCAUUGUGUCUGAGGAUCAGAGAAGCAUUAAACACCGAAGUAAAGAUCGAGACCUGCCUGAAGUUCCUGAUGAGACCAUUUAUGCCUAUGUACUGGGCUGUGAGGGAUUCACAGCAGGCUGCCAUUUCUGGGAAGUCAGUGUGGGAAAUGAGGGAGACUGGGCUGUGGGGGUGGCCAGAAAGUCUGUGAAAGGCAGAGUCACCUUUACUCCUGAGAAAGGGAUCUGGGCUGUGGGGAGAAGGAGGGGCCAAUUUGAGGCUUUCAUAAAGGACACUAACCCUCCACUAACCGUGUAUGGAGAGCUGAAGAGGAUCAGAGUCUCUCUCAACUACAAUGGGGGACAAGUGGCCUUUUUUGAUGCUGACAUUGCAGCCCUUCUCUACAGGUUCUCAGGAGCCUCUUUCUCUGGAGAGACCCUUUGUCCCUUCUUUGCUAUAAAAGAUAAAAGCUACCUCAUACUCCAUCCUUAA